AUGAGCGGAAUUGAGGUUGCUGGCCUUGUACUUGGCGCUUUGCCGCUGAUUAUUCAAGGAAUCGACAGCUACAGAGAAGGACUUAGUACUUUGAGGAGCAUGUGGGAUCGAGACAUUGAGUAUCCCGCCCUUCUCAGGAAACUCAGGGCCCAGUACGAUCACUACGAGCUGACGAUUCGGAUACUUUUCGGCUCCAUCACCUCUGAAGCUGAAUGGACAAAAAUGACCACUGAUCCCAUGGCAUCUCGGGGACUGUGGAAGAGCAAGGAAACGGCGCUUCAAGACAAGCUUCAAAACGCUUACAACUCGUAUCAAAGUAUCAUGGUCGAGAUCGAACAAAUCACGAAGAGCAUCGCGAGUAGACUAGAUUUGGACGGCGCAGCCGAGCUUACUCGUAAUAAUCUCGACACGUUGCUUGCCGCGAACCCGAAGAAAUCCAACGAUAAGUUCGAAUUCCGCAAGCGUGUUCGUUUUGGUAUGAGCAAGAAGAAGUUAAGCGCACUUCUGGAGAAGCUUGAUGAGUGCAACAGGCAGCUCGAGAGGUUCACGGAAAAGAGUGAAAAGAUCGAAACCUACCAUAGACCGAGCAAGCCUUCGUAUGCUACACGCUUGCAGAAGCUGCAGCGCUAUGCCAAGAUUCUACACGACGCACUUUGUGUGUGCUGGUCAUGCUCAUGCAAGUCUUCCCAUACAGCAAGUCUCCAACUCGACCCUCGCGGAGAUAUUUUUGCGCCGAGAUUUCGGGAAGCGCUCCGCAAUAACAAGACGAGUUUCAAUAUCUCUUUCUCGACCAUUUCGCCUGACAGCAGUGGCGUUUCGUGGACUUUUCAAGCCGCUAGGAUCUGCGUCGACGAGGAGGACGAUGCCUGUCUUUCACCGAUGGCCUCCCCCAAACCGAAUAGGAUGCAGAGGAAUGUCAGCUUCGGAUCGCUUCCUCCUUACGCAGUUCAAGAUCCGGCGACCACUUCACCACCUUCAUAUGAGGAGGUCAAAGACCUUUGCGCAUCUAUUCAACAACUCUACAAGAAGUCCCCGACCAUCGGCUUUUCGUUAGACAGUCAAAGCAAACUACGAGGGGCUUACUCAGUCGACACGGCGGAAGCACAGAUUCCCAGUACAGAACUGAUAUCUCUGGAGACACUGCUAGAGAAGCCACCCGUCAUCAACGGAAAACGCUCCAAGUUGAGCAGAAAAGAGAGAUAUAGCCUAGCGUUGACAUUAGCGUCCAGUAUACUCUACCUUAACUCAACGCCCUGGCUUGCCAACGAAUGGGCUGCGCGAGAUAUUCUUUUCCACCGAACAUCAGAUACCACGUGUCCGAUCGAUCUCGAUCAUGCAUACCUCGCUCCAAACGUAGCUGACCAUUCUGAAAACGGGUCAAAAGGCUACAAGCAAAUGGUUUUGAAGAACAAUUUCUUGCUCGCUUUAGCCGUAGCAUUGCUCGAGCUUUACUUCGGGACCACUGCCGAAAAAUACCACCAGUCGGAGUUUGAAAACGAAAGUGGUGACGCUUCAGCAGAUCAGAAAUACAACCUCCUUACGUUGGUACACAACUGGAUACAAAGCGAAGCUGGGGAACUGUCUGCUGCUUAUCAAAGUGCAGUCAGUUAUUGUAUGAAAGAGUCUAUCGAUCCCACGGUUGAUUUACAGGACACCAACUGCCUACAAGCUGCAGUUGAGAAUAUCGUCCUGCCGUUGCAGGAGGAACUAAACCAGUUCUUGGGCAAGACUUUGGCCUAA